AUGACCAAUCCAUCUAAACAACUCGAGUGCGACGUUUGUCACAAAACAUUCGUCCACUAUUCCGUUCUCAAACGUCAUGAAGUAGUUCACACUGGAGAAAAGCCGUUCGAAUGUGACGUCUGUGGCUCCAGAUUCAGUCAAAAUUCAAGUUUAAACACACAUCUGAGGAAACAUGAAAACACUUCUCACAAAUCGAAAAGCACUCGCAACACGCCAACAAAUUUGCGUCGCAAGACCAGAAAGUCGGCGAAAGCUGUUAAGAAUAAGAAUCGGACUGCUUCAACACCAAAAACGAAGAAAAAUCGUUCGAAAACAACGCCAAAGAGAUCUCGGCAAGAAGAAGAGGAUUUGGAAGCGAUGGAUGAUGACAACGACCAGUCCGAGCAACAACGAGAAAUCGAUUCGGAAUCGGUGAUCUCUUCGAAUCGAGAUACUGGAAAUCACGGAAAUGGCGAUGAAGUGAUCGAUCUAUUUGAAUCGAAUGAAGAUAAAACUGAAGAAAAGCCGCGUCUGAUGCUCGCUGCGCAGUCCAAAAGCAGUAAAAUCAAUACUCCGCUUAUAAAAUCGACACCUUUUCCCAUCAAAAUCGAGCAAAAAGUUCCAAUCGUUCAAGCAGUCGGUGAUUUGAUGCCUCUUAUGGACCUGUCGACAUCUGCAUUCCCUCCAUCAGCAUCACAACAGCGAAUUCCCGACAUGGAUAUGGAGUCAGAAAUUGGAAAUGUUUCGAAUAGUUCACCGAUCAAUACACCUCAAUUUAGUUUCGAUGAAGACAUUCGUCAGAUUGCCCAUCAAUUGUCUCGUGUUGCCACCGCCCGUCCGGAAUGUCAUGAUGCUCUGCGUGAAGUGAUGUUCGGAACGAUUCUUGCAUUCGGAAAUGGAGGAUUCAAUGACAAUGUUGGAGAGUUCUUCAAGAAAUUAAGCGACCGAUAUAAUAAUUGA